ACAAGCAUUUCGAACAUGGAGGCAACGUGGUUGUUCGAGGAAAUUCCAUUUCCUCGUAUUUAUGUGGAAAGAACUUUGGCGAUCAUUAAACCAGAUGCGAUUCACAAAAGUGAGGAGAUUGAGGACAUCAUUCUGACGUCGGGCUUCACUAUCUUACAGAAGAGAAAACUUCAACUAAGCCCAGAACAGUGCAGUGACUUCUACACGGAACAUCACGGAAAACUAACCUUUCCAAAAUUGACGGCAUACAUGAGCUCUGGUCCAAUCAUUGCUUUGACUCUGGCUCGGGACAACGCAAUAGCCCACUGGAAGGCCAUCAUUGGACCUAUCAAGGCCACAGAAACUCAUCCAGAAAGCCUCCGAGCAAAAUAUGCCACGUCUGAGCUGGAGAAUGCUCUCCAUGGCAGCGAGUCAUUUCAUGUGGCAGAGCGAGAGAUCAAAUUCAUGUUCCCAAACACACUAACUGUCCCCACAAGAGAAGAAACUGAAGAAUACCUGAGUCGGUAUGUGAACCAAACUUUGCUACAAGGACUCACCGAGCUCUGCAAGCACAAACCUCUCAACCCCUGUGUCUGGCUUGCUGAGUGGCUCAUCAAAAACAAUCCAAACAAGCCUCAAAUAUGUGAUGGAGCUGUUGUGAAAGGAGCAGAGUGACAUCAGGGAAAAGAGAGAAAAAAAAAGAAUAUAAUAAUGUAAUCAAAUAUGAAUAUGUCAUCUUGACAAUAGUACUUUCAGUGCAAGUGACAGACCUUUUACAAACAGUCAUAUAAUAGGAUCUCAAGUUACGUUGCAUGUGUACAUCACCCUAUAAUUUAGAGGUUGAAGGAUUCAAAUGAAAAUGUGACAGGGAACUUAGCUGCUGUUAACACUCUUAAGUGCUUUAUGUCCUAAAAAAAACAACUUGUACAGUAAAUAUCAAAGUGCCCAUAAAUAGCCCAAAAAAAAAAAAAAACAUACACACCCAUGUUCUUGUCUAUUUUUUCAAUACAUUAUUUAAACAGUUUAUGUCAAGUACAUACAACAUAUACUAGAGCUCUAACAAAUAUAAAAAAGGGAUAGAAAAAAGUACCAUUAAAUGUCGGCCACGUUUACAAAUGUAUGCAUUUUGUAGGGCUAGGAAUUUGCAGAGUGAAAUAAAUUACACUAAGAAAUGUGGAAAGUUGAAUGUGUACAAAGAAGUGGACCUCAAAUUGUUGUACAAUUACUGUACCUCUAAUGGGACACAAAAUAAUCACUCAAUGUUACAGUGGCCUCAAAUGUUUUUUAAAUCCAGUACAGUCCAUUUAAGUGGCAUUCAGUUGUAUUUAACUUUAAUUUACAUUUUGUUGUAAAUCAAUAAAAAAUCAAUACUAUUGGUUGUUCCCAAUGUGGGGCUGUUCUUACAAAUUGGGUAGCUGUGGCUCAGUAGGUAGAGAGGCUCUGACUGUCUGCAUGUCAAAGUUUAACAAAAA